UUCCAUUUGUAAGCAAAUCCCGUUUUUAUUUAUACAUUAUUAAAUCUAAGGUGUUGACUAGCCCAAAAGAAUUGCUUGAAGGCUUUAAACAGUAUCUACAAGACCGAGGAUGUGAUGACAUUAAGAGGAUGAUUGACUUACAGAUUGUAACUUUAAACGAUAAAACAGUUUUAUCAGAACUAGAAGGAUCAAUGACAGGAAAAUGUUUAAGACCAAAUGGUGGCAAACCUCUUAUCAAAUUCACCAGCCAACAGAGAGAUUGCCUUCUUCGGGAACUUGAAAAUGCAAAUGAUAUUGCUGCCAGUCUUUUAUCAAAGAUGAUUAUUAGUGGUAACGAAUUCUUGAAAAUAAGUCUUCAACAUACCGGAAGAAUGGGUACUACAGUCCUACUUGACAUACUUGAAAAAUGUUCUGAGAUUCAUUUAGUCGAUUUUUAUUUUGCUCUGGAAGAAAACGGGUAUAACCCGUCGACUGAAGACUUUGCCGGAAUAAACCAAUUAAUCUCGAAAUAUUACAUGCCUAAGUAUCUGUAUGACGGAUAUGAUGAAUAUACUAGUAGAUAUCAGCCAGUAUUAACUCCAGGAAUAUUUAAACAUCAUCCACUUGGUACAUAUGGUGGAUAUAAACCAGCAACUAUCUCAUCUGAAAAGCAAAAACCACAAAAAGAUAGCAGGAAGGAAGUUUACCCCAGUGAGAAAAAAGGUCAACAUAUCAAAGCUACAUAUACGCAGUUAUGGGAACCUGCAUUACCGCAAGAUAAAUAUCAACAGCACUCGAUAACCAAAGAAAAAGAUGGCAGGAAGAAAGUUGUCCACACUGAGAAAAAAGGACAACAUAUCAAAGCUACGCAGUUAGGGAAACCUGCAUUACAGCAAGAUAAAUAUCAGCGCUCGAUAACCAAAGGUAUCGUAGAUGACUCUGUCUUUCACAAGAUGCAUUGCAGAAAUAAGAAACCGUUGAACUAUAAAUUGCUCAGUACAGUGGGUACGACGGAUACAGGAGACGAAUUCGAAGAGGAUGCUAGAGAUCUUCCCCUUUAUGCAUCUCCUGGAAAAAUUGGCAAAUUGAUUUCGGAUGAGAAUGUUUCGUCCAAAUCGGAUGAGGGAGAAGAUGACAAAUGGCUUUCAUGA